CUUGAAAUGACAGUUUCUCGUGUGUAUUCUUUCUGAUGGAAAUAGUCUAAACAUCUGAUCCUUGCUCAGCCAGCAUAAAAAAAUAGGCCCACUGUCUGUGAGAUAAGCACUAAUGUCUGUGAAUUGUUAUAGUUGAACAACUCAAGGAUGUCUGUCUGGGUCUUGUUACAUGAAGUCCCUUUGACACUCAAUAAUAGGAAGGCAGAAGAAUACAGUAGGCAUAAGUCUGAAAGAGAAAAGGAGUAGAGGAAACGGAUUUCAUUCAUCUGUUGAAGACUACUCAUACCUGGGACAAUGCUCAGUUGUGAUGUCUAUCUCUGCUGCUGCCUGUGUGUAUGUGCACUCCUCUAUGUGUCUACAGCUUCCAUCUCCAACACGUCCACCAUGGAUGCCCUCCCAGCUGGCGUUCAAGAUCAGGAGCACACUAGUGGGGAUUCGCCAUUUCUUCGGUUGAGAGCCAGUCUGCAUUCUUACUCACAGCCACUCCGUCCGUACGCCUUGCUGACCAACGCAGAGGACUACAUUUACAUGCCCAAACCAAGACAUUACCGCCCUUCACGCCUACUUCGUAUUCUGGGAUCCUCCUUUGACCCACUCUGGAUGUCUGUUGGUCCUCUAUCUGAAGGCUCUGGGGUCUGCACCGACAAAAGUAGCUGUAAUGCUCCGUCAAGAGAUGACACCCUACCUGUCAAAUUACCAAACCACACCACUUCCAGAGAAGACUUGGACAUUGGUGGUUCUGCAGAGCUGAGGGAAGCAGCCGCACGUCAGAGGAAGAAGUUGGAUAGGGAAGCCGUAGAUGUGGACCUGAGUACUCUGUCUCCAGAUGUUGUCAGCUCUGUCCGAGCCUGGCUGGUGAACUCAGCCACAUGUGGAUUGCGUUCCCAGUGGGUGGAUCUAGGCCCGGCAUUCUGGCCACGUUGGCUGCGGCGGACCGACUGUGACAAGUUGGAAAGGGCGCAACGUUGCUCCUUUCCCGCUGGGAUGGUUUGCGUGAGAACUCAGAUAAAGCACAUUAAGAUUCUGGCUUGGCAUUGUUUGAAAGUCGGAGAUGAUGAGUCCAAGCGAUUCAAGAGUGACAGGUCUGAUGUCAGCAUGUUGAUGGGGACAAAUGAGGAAAUGAGAAGGUGUUUAUGGAUGGCUGUGCCCUAUCCUGUGGUCACAGCGUGUACAUGUUCAUGUCAAUGGUUGUUUUAUUUAUUGGUACCCCCACUAAUACUAUCACUGUAAGAUACACAUUUUUUUCUCGAAUACUGACAUUUUUCUGCCAACCCCAUCCAUCCAUUUUCUACCGCUUGUCCCUGCAAACAAAUCGGAAAAACAGCAAUUAAUCGUGUGCUUCUUCAAAACAAAUAUUCACAUUUUAGACCGAGGCAAGCUAAUCCUCACCUCGUAUCUAACAUGAACAAUUUUUAUUUGGAUGAUGAUUAUAUGUGACAUUGUUUUUCCCUUUUAAAUUAAAAUGCUUUA